UCUUCAAGAGCAUCACCAACAGACCCCUCAAGAACAUCACCGAGAACUUCUUAAAGAACAAGAGCAAAAUGAAGACUGCUGCAGCUUUUGUUUUCCUUGUCUGUCUGUCAGUUGUGCAAGGUCAGGCCAGGCUGAGCGUAAAGAGGUGCUUAUGUCAAGGUUCUGGGGUGAACAUGGUUCGUCUACAACGUGUUGAGAAGGUUGAAGUUUAUCCUCCUAGUCCAUCUUGUGAAAAUGUGGAAAUUAUUGUCACUUUCAAGAACAGUGCAGGACAAAAAUGCUUGAACCCAGAAUCCAGUUUUGCCCAGAAUUACAUCAAGACAGCCAUUAAAAAGAGGAGUGCCCAGUAAAGCAUGUGUCCAAACAUCAGUGAAGAAGUGAAAGAGAUGACUGUGAACAUCACUAAUUUAAAAAUCAUAUGUUAUGAUAUUGUAAAAACUGUACAUAUACAUUAGGUUUGUAAUUUAAUUUAUGAGAAGGAUAUAACGGUGUACUUGCAGCUGUUUAAUACACAAAAUUAUACCUGGUAAUACUUUCUUUUGAUGUUUUAACUGCUGUUCCUGUCUGACCUACAAUAAACUGUA